AAGAGGUUGCUACAAAACAAAAGGCACAAGUAGAAGAGAACAUCCGAAUCUUAUCCAAUUCCUCUUCAAACAAGAAAGAUCAAGUGCCUACAGAAAAAUACAUUCAUCCACAACAACCCUUGAUUCAGAUUGGGAUGGACUCUUAUCAAAGUUCAGUGUACUCUAGAUCUCCUGGGAUACGAUUGACAGUUGAUAUGCCCAUACAUGAAGCUCAAUUACAUCCUCCUCUAAGGUUGAACAAAAAUGGAUCUACAAAUAAUCAAGCACCAAAGGGUGAGCCAAACGAAGUUUUAAAGGAGAAAGCAAAGAAUGAGGCAGCAAAAGAAAGAGAGGUUGUUAUUGCUGAAAAACAACAAAAGCAAGUACAAAUACAAGAGAACAUCCAGAUCAUGGAUCAACGAUUGCAUUAUGCGUUUGGUGAUGGAUCGCGCACAUACACUCCACAUAAGCGGUUAUGUGAUGUGUUUCGUGAUCCAUCACAGACAUCACGAAGAAUUAAAACGAUCAAUUUUUUUGCUAUUGUAAAACUAGAGGAGGGUAUUGGGGACAAUAUUAUAGAUGAACAACAAUCACAAGUAGGUGAGGCUCUGGAUGCUUGUGUAGAAUCAUCUUUUACUUCAGCUAUACAUGACAAUGUGGUGAAGUAUCAUUGUCCAGAUCUCAACUUUCUUCCACCAAAGGAAGAGGAUGAAGAUUAUUAUUAUUAA